CCGGAGGAACGGCGGGCGGGCCCGGGGGCGCGCUCCGCCGGGGGCGCGCUCUGCCGGGGGCGCGCUCCGUAACCGACCGCAUGCCCCAAAGACGGGCGAGCUGCGGCUUGCUGUGGUGCGGUCUCGGCCCUGGCCACGGUGGUGCCGCUAGGCUCCAGGCCUCAUGGCCCGCGGCCGCAGCUCGUUGCGGCCCACCUGCCGCGGGACUUUCCAAUGCCCGGUUGCGGCUGCCCGGUCGUCGCGUCCCUGGGUUCCUCCUCCUCCCUGUGGGACUCUGGGCUGGCCGGCCAGACUACAGCAAUGAAUUGGUGGCCUAGCAACCUCCAAAGAUGGGAAAGCCGAAGUUCGAGGACACAGAGCUGUUGCCAAAACAAAGAGGAUUUGGUGAUGGAGGCUUUGUUGGAAGGAAUACAAAAUCGGGGGCAUAGUGGGGGAUUUUUGACAUCCUGUGAAGCAGAACUGCAAGAGCUCAUGAAACAGAUCGAUAUAAUGGUGGCUCAUAAGAAGUCUGAGUGGGAGGGGCAGACACACGCUCUGGAGACUUGCUUGGACAUCCGUGAUCGGGAACUGAAGGCUCUGAGGAGUCAGCUGGACAUGAAGCACAAAGAGGUUGGAAUAUUGCAUCAGCAGAUAGAAGAACAUGAGAAAACCAAGCAAGAAAUGGCCAUGGAGUACAAGGAGGAGUUACUGAAGCUGCAGGAGGAAUUAAGCAGACUGAAGAGAAGCUAUGAGAAGCUGCAGAAAAAGCAACUAAGAGAAUUUAGAGGAAAUACCAAAAGUUUUCGAGAGGAUCGGUCUGAGAUUGAGAGGCUAACUGGAAAAAUAGAGGAAUUCCGACAGAAGUCUCUGGACUGGGAGAAGCAGCGUCUGAUUUAUCAGCAACAGGUAUCUUCUCUGGAAGCACAGAGGAAGGCUCUGGCUGAACAGUCGGAGAUAAUCCAGGCUCAGCUUGCCAACCGGAAACAGAAAUUAGAGUCCGUGGAACUGUCUAGCCAGUCAGAAAUUCAGCACCUGAACAGUAAGCUUGAGCGGGCUAAGGACACCAUCUGUGCCAAUGAGCUGGAAAUAGAGCGCCUUAACAUAAGGGUCAACGACCUGAUGGGCACCAAUAUGACUAUCCUGCAGGACCGUCGGCAGAAGGAGGAGAAACUGAGGGAAUCUGAGAAGUUACUACAGGCUCUGCAGGAAGAACAGAAAGAGUUGAAGGCAAGUCUUCAAUCUCAAGAAACCUUCAUCCUUGAGGCAAAAAUGCAGGAGAAACUGCAAAUGAAAUUAAAGGCAGUUGGCACUCAGCAGUCCGUAGAAAGGCCUCUGGAGGACUGUCAGAAGGAAAGGAAGUAUAGCUCUCCAGGGCAUGGAGUCUUGGAUAAUGUGCUCUCCCAGCUGGACUUCAGCCACAGCAGUGAAGAACUCCUGCAGGCAGAGGUGACGCGUCUUGAAGGCAGUUUAGAAUCUGUGAGUGCAACAUGCAAACAGCUGAGCCAAGAACUAAUGGAAAAAUAUGAAGAGCUGAAGAGGAUGGAAGGGCAUAAUAAUGAGUACCGGACAGAGAUAAAGAAGUUGAAGGAACAGAUUCUGCAGGCUGAUCAGACCUACAGUUCUGCCCUGGAAGGAAUGAAGAUGGAAAUCUCCCAGCUAACUCGGGAGUUACACCAGCGAGAUAUCACUAUUGCUUCUGCCAAGUGUUCCUCUUCAGACAUGGAAAAGCAGCUGAAGGCAGAGAUGCAGAAGGCAGAAGAAAAGGCUGUAGAGCAUAAGGAGAUUCUAAGUCAGCUGGAAUCUCUCAAAUUAGAAAAUCAUCGUCUUUCUGAAACAGUGAUGAAGCUGGAACUGGGCUUGCAUGAGGCAAAAGAGAUUUCACUAGCAGACCUUCAGGAGAAUUAUAUUGAGGCAUUAAAUAAAUUAGUGUCUGAAAAUCAACAACUACAGAAAGAUUUGAUGAGCACCAAAUCUGAGCUGGAGCAUGCUACUAACAUGUGCAAAAAAAAAGAUGUCGAGAUCUUUAACCCAGCACACAGCAGAGCUGCCGGGUUCAAGAAUGCAGAGCUUAAGCCAAUCCAUGGCCAGCACAGACAUGACGGAAUAAAGACCGAGCAGUACAAAACAGGUCACCACUCGCCUCGAGGACAAACGUUGGAUAGCAUAGACCCUGUGGCCAGGGGUCCCAGCCCCCUGAGUUCUCACAUCAGCCCUGGCAGCUCCACCGUCUCUCUGCCUUCCAACUUUCUAUUUGAGACUCACUCUUUGCCUUCAGUGCUAGAUAUAAAUGAUGUCAACUUUUCUGACAGUCUGUCUGACUGUAUGAAUGACCAAGAAGAGUUUGUAUCUUCGGGCUCGCUGCCCACCUCUCCUCUGGGAUCGAUAGCUACCAGGUUUCUGGAAGAGGAGGAGCUGAGGUCUCACCAUAUUCUAGAGCGCCUGGACGCCCACAUUGAAGAACUGAAAAGAGAGAGUGAGAAGACGGUGAGGCAGUUCACAGCCCUCGUGUAGCCCUGCACAGCCACAGACGGAAGACUGGAUUAUAAAGUUCUAAUAAAGCAAUGCUCGCAAGGGCAGCACUGAGGAGUCUGCAGAUUGGGCACUUGGGUAUUUUCACUGCUUUGUGUGGAGGAUCGCUUCCAUAGGAACUUGUGAGAAUAAACCGCUUUGCAGACUUUU